CUGCGGUGCGCGCUGUAGCCGAAAGUAGGAGUUUCGCCGCUCGAUUCACUCUGGUACACACAGUGGGGUUUUUUUGUAGUUGCUCUGCACGUGAAAUGAUUUGGCUUAUUUGUUAGAGAAAAACAAACAGCGAAAGUGUCAAAAGCAAAUAUGCAGACGGAGAAGGAGGACGAGGAUGAUGCGUCCUGUGAGGAGUAUGUUGCCCGGUCAGAUUUCACUGGAAGUGGCACCGAUCAGCUUAGUUUCAGCAGAGGGGACAGACUGCUUGUACACGCCAAGCCCUCCUCAGAGUGGUGGUGGGCAGAGCUGCAGGGGGUCAUAGGUUAUGUCCCUGCCGGCUACCUGAGCCAGGAUGCUGCAGGGGAGGAGGAGGAGGACCCCUCAAUAGAAGACCCGUGGCAAGAUGAAGAAUACUUUGGCAAUUAUGGAACGCUGAGGCUUCACCUGGAGAUGCUGUCAGACAAGAGCCGCACUGAGGCGUAUCGGCAGGUGAUUCUCAGCAACAGUGCUUCUCUCAGCAGCAAGAGGGUGAUGGACCUCGGCUGUGGGACUGGCAUCAUCAGUUUGUUCUGCGCUCAGUUGGCACGCCCCUCAAUGGUGUAUGCUGUGGAGGCGAGCUCAAUGGCAGAGUACACCAGACAGCUGGUGAAGCAGAACGGCUGUGAUGAGGUGGUCACGGUGCUCCAGGGGCGGGCUGAGGAGAUCGAGUUGCCUGAGCAGGUGGACGUCCUGGUUUCUGAGUGGAUGGGUAACUGCCUUCUGUUUGAGUUCAUGGUGGAGUCAGUUCUGCUGGCCAGGGACCGCUGGCUUAGAGAUGGUGGCACGAUGUGGCCCUCCUCUGCGGCCCUCACCUUGGUGCCAUGUCAGGCCGACAGCUAUUACGCAGAGAAAAUGGCCUUCUGGGAGCGGCCAUACGGCCUCGACUUCACUCCUCUUCAGCCUUUGGCACAGCAGGAGUUCUUCACCAAGCCCAAGUUCAGCCACAUCAUUGAUCCAUGUGACUGCCUCGCUGCUCCCUGUGAUGUCAUCUCCCUCGACAUGUACACUUUACAAGUGGGAGACCUCGAGCAAAUGAAGGGUCAGUUUCAUUUUUGUGUGGAGAAGUCUGCAGUUUUCCAUGGAUUCACCGCCUGGUUCACUGUUUGCUUCAAGAGCCUGGAAGCAGGAGGUGCAACCGUGGAGCUAAACACUGGCCCCAACUCUGGGCCAACACACUGGAAACAGACAUUGUUCAUGCUAGACAGGCCAGUAAGUGUAUGCGCAGGAGACUCGAUCAGUGGAACCAUUGUCCUCCAGAGAAAUCCUGUCUGGAGGCGCCACAUGACCGUUACCCUGCACUGGACCAUUAAAGGGAGCACAGACAAUCCAGACAACGCCCAGGCUGGAACAAAGAGUUUCCCCAUGUGGAGGUGACACAUAUUCGCUCAUCACCGUUGGAGAUCUAAAAUAGAAAAACAGUCUAAUAAAAUUAAACUGCUCGGCUGUGAGACUGCUGCUGAAGCGGACUGGUGUGUUGCUCACAUGUUGCAAUGAAUGUGCCAGAGGAAUGCCUGCUAUCAUAGUGAUGAGCCUGAUUGCUGCAAUCACAGGUGAUGACACCCUAAGAGCACGUUUACUGCCCAUUUUUAUUGAAGGGCAAAAGUACUUUACAUAAAGCAGCGCUGUGUCGCACAGCUGGAACAUCAGUUGUUUUUCUGUUUACUGAGGUGCAAAAAAAAGACAAGAUUGAGUCACACUAUGUUACUUUUCAUCAAAUGGCAUAUUGUUUUACAAUAAGCAUUUAACUUACAUUUUUUAUUGGUUGUACAUACAUGCCACUAGGCUUUUAUGCAUUUAGAAGAACAGAUUAACGAAAACCAUACAUUACAAUGGUUUGAGAUAUGACCUUUUUUUCAUUUUAACAUUGUAAGAUCAGAACAAUGUACGCCUUUGAAAUGUUACAAACAUUAGCCUAAAAGAUACCUCAAUAAAAAUAUUAUAGUGCUUAAAGAUAACUGCUCACAAUGGAAAUCACCAUCUUAAAAUAACAAUUAGUGAACUCACAUUGAUAUAAAUUAAAUAAAAAUUGGAACUGUUUCAACUAUCAA